AAGAAAAAUCCUGGCCCUCUGAAAGCCCAUCCUGUGCAGGCGACUGGACUUGGCGGGACAGCAGGACCCCCUGGCUUCUGCGGCCAUGUCUGAUGGAGAGGUGCUGCCCCCCACAGUCCCCUUUACAAGGGGCUGUAAAGCCAGAGCAAGUCUACCUGUGGGGUGGUCGAGUGGUCAGACAAGAGAGGUUGCCUGGUGUGUUAUACCUGCAGUACGGGGAGGAGACGAAGCAGGUCAGGAUGCCUGCUGAGAUCAGCAGUCAGGACGCUCUGCAGGCUCUGUUUGUCACUGCCUUCCCCCAUCAGCUCACCAUAAAGAUGCUGCAGUCUCCCAACAUGGCCAUCUACAUCAAAGACACCAGCCGCAACGUCUACUACCACCUGGAGGACAUCAGAAACAUCACAUCCCACUCCUGUCUCAAGGUUUAUCAUAAAGACCCAACACAUGUGUUCAAACGCUAUGCCAGGCCUGCCAACACAGAGAUCUCCAAAGAGGUGUUGUAUGGCAAUCACAGUCCAGUCCCCACCCUGUCUUCUUCCAGCCGUGGCACCCUGCACAGCCUGCAGGGCUCCAUGUCCCCACCCAUGGUCCGGUCCAUGCCCUCCUCUCCCUCCAGGAUGGCGUAUGGUGGGGGGAAUACAGGGAGGGGGGCAGGGCUGGUGGAUCCAGGAAGUGCCACCUUACCAAGGGAACGCCUGUCAGGUGCGGUGCGAUCCAGCGCUCUCUGCACCAACAGCAGUGCCAUACUGGAGAGGAGAGAUGUGAAGCCUGAUGAGGAUGCUGGCAGCAGUAAAAGCAUGGCCCUGGUGGUGCGUGGGGAAGGAGGACCACAUUACCCAGACUCCUACUGCUCUACCCUGCAGGAUGGAGGCGGUCGUCUCAGCAUCGUCUCCUCCCAAUGCAGCGCUCCCCCCUCUCUCACCGCAGACAUGGUGGACGCUGGGGUCACAGGGAUCCCAGGGGGGCUGCAGCAGUACCGGGCCUCCAUUAAACCUCUGACAGGCUAUGGAGAGAGUAUGGAGCACCAGACCCGCUCCCUCCACAGGCAGAUGAGCAGGAAGUAUGGAGAAAGCCAGCUUCCUCCGCUGGGAACCAAAACACCGCCCUCUUCCCCUCACAGAGUCAGUGAAGUCAGGAUGGUUGAUGGGCAGAUAAUUGGAGGGGUGGGCCUAGUGCCUCCAGAGAGGAUGUCACCGAUUCGCCGGUCCCUGCGGUGGGACAGUAACGGGGCCACAGUGGAGGUUGUAAACAGAAGCAGAACAAGUUGCUCGUCGUCCUCCACCUCGUCUGUUUUUGUGGACAGCCCUCUGGGCCAACCUGAGAGACUCUUUGAGGGUCACGUGAGUGCCAGCAAUGCCCAAAGUGAGAGAAUGAAAGCCAUGGAGGAGCAGAUAGCCAGUCUAGCAGGUCUGGUGCACCAUGCUCUCUCUAUGGGACCAGAUCUUCCAGGAGUCAAGGAGGCUGUCAGUGAAACUGCUGGACUCAAACUCUUCCUCAACAGACCUGGAGUGUCUGCUGAGCCUCAGAACCCCACUGCUUUGAUUGAUGCCAUCAGCCCCGCCCCUCUGGCUCUACAGGCCCCACCCUCUGGCAGCGGCCUGCGGCCAAGCUUGGUGUUGGCAAAGAGAAAGGGUGCGAGCUGCGACUCCAACUCAACCAGCUCAGACUCUUACAGCUGUCAAACCAGGAGAGUGUGAGCUCGAUGCUGCGGAUGGCAGGUCAGGAGCUGGUGGUGUUGAUGUGCAGUCAGCUGGCUCAGUCUGAGGAGGCAGCGUACAGACGGAGAGCUGCGAUGGAGGAGGAGAGGAUCCACUACCUGGCUACAGAGGAGAAGAUACUCACACAGCUCAGGUAAGAGUUGGAAUUUACUU